UGAAAUUGAAACAUAUCCCAAUCUUAGGACUAUCCUAUGUCUGAGCUUAUCCGUAGUCCACUUUCCUUCUAUAUAUAAAUUUCUCCAUGAAAAAAUCCCAUCACAAAACCAAAUAAUCAAUACUAAAAAACUCGUUACAAUGAAGCUUGGAGCGAACUCUUCAUUACCACUCUUAUUAACAUUAUCACUGGUCCUACUUGCUUUUGCUUCCGUCUCACAGGCCACCGACGAGCUGAAUAAGGACCCGACGCAGUCGCAGACGUGCGAGCAGCGAUGUCAAAGACAACAGCCGUAUUUCGAAGAGCAUCUGUGCAGGCAAAAAUGCGAGGAAGAGGAGAGACAAAGAGGAGGUGGAAGACAAGAUAAUGUGCAGGUCAUGGAUGUAAUCCCAAAUGUAGUAGGAGAUGCACAGGAGGAGUAUGAGCGAUUUCAAGAAACGUGCCAGGGCUCGGGUAAAGAGCAGUGGCAGUGCCAAAGGAAGUGUCAGGAUGAAUACGAGGCCGCGACGGAGAGAGAAAGGGAAAGAGGCCGGGGCCAUGAUGAGCAUCAUCAUCACGGUGGAGGAGGAAGGUACCCACAACCACGAGAACAUGAUUACACACAUUGUCUGCGGGAAUGUGAGGACAGGGAGGAAGGUUUUCCCAGGCAAAGGCAAUGCAAAUUACAUUGUGAACAGGAAUUUGGUCGUCAUAGGGAGAGACACAGGCGUAGAGAGGGUGAUCGAGGCCGUCGAAAAGGAUAUAAUAACCAUCACAAGACCAAACAACAGCGUGAGAGUGAUAAUCCUUACUACUUUGACUCCCAAAGUUUUGAGUCUCGCUACUCAACUCAAGAAGGACAAAUGAGGGUACUCCAAAGGUUUUCAGAGAAGUCAGACCUCCUGCUUGGAAUGGACAAAUUCAGGGUUGGCAUUUAUGAGGCAAAUCCUAAGACUUUCAUGCUUCCUCACCAUUGGGAUGCUGACUCAGUUGUCUUCGUCAUGAAAGGAAACGCCGUUGUGACACUUUUGAAGCAAGAAAAUCGCAAGACCCUCAAUCUAGAACGUGGCGAUGUGCUGAUGAUUCCUGCUGGCACAACUACCUACUUAAUUAAUAGUCAUAACGAUGAGAAGCUGGAAAUAGCAGAGCUAUUACGCCCUGUUAAUACUCCUGGUCGUUAUCAGCAAUUUUUCGGCGUAGGUGGUGAACAGUCGAAAUCUUUCUUCACUAGCUUCAGUACAGAAAUCCUCCAAGCCGCACUCAAUAUACCAAGGGAACAACUCCAGAAACUGUUAGCGCAACAGAAGGAAGGGGCAAUCAUCAAAGCCAGUCACGAGCAAGUGAGAGCAUUAGCCCAUAAAACGUCUAGGAGACAAUUUGGAGAUUCCAGAGGCCAAAUCAAUUUGCUGGAUGGAAGACCGCAACUGUCCAAUAAACACGGGGAGUUCUUUGAGGUCACUCCGAAUGAGUAUCAACAGCUCGAAGAUCUUGAUAUCUCAGUGGCUUAUCUUGACAUCAAACAGGGAUCAAUGAUGGCACCGCACUAUAAUUCUCGCACAAGCUAUGUUGUGUUGGUGGAGGAAGGGAGUGGAUACUUUGAAAUCGCAUGCCCACACUUAGCAAGCGAAAGAAAUAAGAAGCAACGAGGUGGCAGCCAGAGUUACGAGAAAGUCAGGUCACACUUGUCAAAGGGCGACGUCUUUGUUGUUCCGGCUGGACAUCCAGUUGCUAUAGUUGCAUCAGAAAACAAGAACCUGAGAGCCAUAGGGUUUGGUAUUAAUGCUCUAAACAACCAAAGAAACUUCCUUGCAGGGCAAGACAACAUAGUAAACCAGCUCGACGAAGAGGCAAUGGAGAUGUCUUUCAAUUUGCCGGCAAGAGAAAUGGAGGAGAUGUUUCAGAAACAGAGGCGAUCUUAUUUCAUGGCUGGGCCACAACGACAGCGGAAUGCCCUGCUGUCAGCUUUGGAUUUUGCUGGGUUCUAGGGGAUCGUUGGUCGGCAUUAGAGUUGGGAAAUGUGAAAACGUAAAAUUGAAGAAUAAGCUUGACGAGUAGAAUUUCCCUACUGUAAAAUAAAUAUUACUGUACUGUAAUGGUUCGCAGUUGGCUAAUUUUGUUUGAGCAGUCUUCCAGUGUCACCUGGGAUAUAUAGCACUAUUAUGUCCCGAGUAAAACAGGAACUGAGAAUUUCUUUGAAGAGUUUCUAAAAUCUAGUAGAUGAAGAAAGAUCAAUUUGAA